AACAAAAAAAAAGAGGACCACCAGUCUCGAAGAACACAAGCGAGUUACAUUUCUCCUUUUUAGAAUACAUUCAUUGAUAAUGAGAAUGGAUCAAAUACUAACCAUGUUAACACAUAGUAAGCUACCAGCCCGAGUAGAAAAAGUACUCGGCCACUCACGAGUGCUUUUACAUCCCUCCGACCCACAGAUAAAAUUUUCUGGGGAAGAGGAAAAAAAAAAAAGAGGGAUGAGAGACUCCCAUCUUUUGGGUAGGUAUGACUUUCUCCUUGGCCUCAUCCUUACCUUUCUUGCGGUUGGCGGCGCCGGCCCCACUGUUCUCUUCGGGAAUGUUGACAGUCCACACAUGUAGGGAGUGAGGUUGAAGACGAUGGAAGGGGGGAGGUGAGAGAAAAAAAAAUGACUUCACCGCCAUGGCUGGACUGCCCCCUUUUUUUUCCCCCCUCAGCCUCUCUCUGUCUCCCAACUUUUUAUUCCUGCCUCCUCCCUCCUCCUAAAUGAUUCUGUAAGAGAGUGAAGGGGCAUUCAGAGCGCGCAGCGUCACAUAGGAGAGGGUCGGAACGCUGGGACUGAGGGGAAGCGUCUCCAAAAAGGAUGGCCUUCGUGGACAGGUUGCUUUAGAGUUUCGGGAGAAAAGAAAGGGGGCAUGAGGUUUUUCUCUGCGGGGGACACGCCAAGGAAGCACUGGAUUGAGGAAGAAGCGAUGCUUUUCAGGAACGUCGCACUGACCUUCGAGGACGCAAAUUCCGCCGCUUUGAAAUUCCGGCCAAGAAAUGUGGAAGGAUUAGGACGCAUUGAUCUUCCGUAAGUCCUCCUUGACCUGCGCAGAAACCUUCCUCGGUGCUCCUCACUAUGUGGUGGCAAAGGUCCACGCUGUCAUGGUGGACCGGUUGCUUCCUCGUCCUUUGCGUCCUGGCUGUAUGGACGGCGGGCCAAGUGCAGCCGCGCUCCUCGCGCCAAAUGGCGUCUUCGUCGUGGGCCGGCAACCUUUCGGAGAGCGCCGAGAGGAAAGUGGCGCGCCUCGGCGUGGCGUUCAAGCGCAACGUCCGCCAGCUCCGUGACAAGAGCGCCUGCUUGGACCUUGUCUUCCUGGUGGACGAGUCGUCCAGCGUGGGUGCCGGAAACUUUGGCAGCGAGCUGCGCUUCGUGCGCAAGAUGCUCUCCGACUUCCCGGUGACGGCGGAGAACACGCGGGUGGCCCUCGUCACCUUCUCGUCUAAGACCCACGUGGUGACGCGGGUGGACCACAUCACGGCCCCCAAGCCGCACCAGAACAAGUGCUCCCUUUUCAACAAGGAGAUCCCAGCUAUCAAUUAUCGAGGAGGGGGAACUUACACCAAAGGAGCCUUCCAGCGGGCUGCGCAAAUCCUGCGCCAUUCCCGUACAAACGCUAGCAAGGUCAUCUUCCUGAUCACCGACGGCUACUCCAAUGGCGGCGAUCCUCGCCCCGUGGCGGCGGCUCUGAGGGAGCGCGGCGUGGAAAUUUUCACCCUGGGCAUCUGGCAGGGCAACAUCCGAGAACUGCACGACAUGGCCUCUCACCCCAAGGACCAGCACUGCUAUCUGCUGCACAACUUUGCCGAAUUCGAAGCGCUGGCUCGCCGGGCGCUGCAUGAAGAUCUCCCUACGGGCAGCUACAUUCAGGAGGAUCUGUCCCGAUGCUCAUCCUUGUGCGAGGCCGGUCGCGACUGCUGCGACGUGAUGGCCAGCUGCAAGUGCGGAACGCACACCGGCCGCUAUGACUGCAUCUGCGAGAAGGGAUACUACGGCAAGGGUCUGCAGCACGAGUGCACGGCAUGCCCACCCGGGACCUACAAACCGGAGGGAACACCCGGCGGUUCCAGCACCUGCCUGCCAUGCCCGGACCAACAGCACACCUCCCGGCCCGGCAGCACCUCACUAAGCGACUGCAUCUGCAAACCGGGCUACCAGCGAGUGGACUUGAGCUGCCAGGUGGUCCACUGCCCUUCACUGUCUCCCCCGCAAAACGGCUUCUUCAUCCAGAACGUAUGCAACAACCACUACGACGCGGCCUGCGGCGUCAAAUGCCAGCCGGGAUUCGACCUCCAUGGUACGGGCAUCCGGCUGUGCCAGGCGGACGGCACCUGGUCGGGCUCGCCCGCUACCUGUAGACCACGCUCCUGCCCGCCCCUCGCCAAGCCCCCGCACGGCACACUCAAGUGUAGCAACGGUGGCGCCUCCCUCAGGGCGGAGUGCCAGGUGGACUGCAACCGAGGUCACCGAGUGGAAGGGGAUCCCAGGAUCACCUGCCUGGCCAAUUCCCAGUGGAGUGGACCCCUACCUCGGUGUGUGGAGGCGCGCUGUCCCCCGAUUGGGCCCCUGAACAACAUCUUGGUGUCGCCCCCCGCCUGCACGAAAAGGCUGGCAUCCCCAGGCUCCGCCUGCAUGCUCACCUGUCGGCAAGGAUAUAAUCUCCACGGAAACAGAAAGGCGGUAUGUCUCGGCUCAGGCAACUGGACCGCCAAUGUCCAUCGGGCGGUGUGCAAAGAUGUCGAGCCGCCGUGGGUCGAGUGUCCGGAGAGUAUCAUCGCGGCGACGGAUGACCGACGCAGCACUGCUCACGUGGUCUGGAACGCUCCGGUCGUCCUCGACAACUCCAAAGAGGAGGUGGCAGUGCAGGUGAAACCGGUGUACACACCGCCGCAACUGCUCCCCAUCGGAACGGAGACCAUCACCUACAUUGCGGCAGAUCGCUCCGGCAACCAGGCCAACUGUUCUUUCACAGUCACUGUCAUUGAUACGGAGCCCCCGGUGAUUGACAAGUGCAGGUCCCCGCCCACGGUCCAGGCCACGGACGCGGAGACAGCGGUGGUUUGGGAGGAGCCGCAGUUUUCCGAUAACUCAGGUGGUCGUCUGUCGGUGACCAGCAGCCAUUCUCCAGGUUCGCUCUUCCCCGUCGGAGAAACCUUGGUCCAGUACACUGCCACUGACGCGGCGGGAAACAGCCGCACUUGCAUCCUCACCAUCACAGUGCGAGGCACGACCUGUGAGCAACCGUAUGUCCCGAUGAACGGAGAGUUCAUCUGCCUGGACGAAGAGACGGGCGUCAACUGUACGCUGCAGUGUAAGCAGGGCUACAGUUUCACUCAGGACGCAGUGCACAGCUACUUCUGCGCCCACAACGGGCUGUGGGAGCCUCCCUACUCCCCGGACAGACCCGACUGCUCGGUAAACCGAGUGGCUAACAAUGGGCUGAAGCCAUUCGAGAUGCUGUUUAAAGCCUCGCGCUGCGACGACAUGGACUUGGUCAAGUCAUUCACAGGGGAGUUGAAAUCUCAUCUGAGACGCAUGCUCCCACACAUUUGUAGCGGUGACGAUGUCACCUGCAAACUGGAGGUGAUGCCACAAGGCAACUGUCUGGAGUACAACUACGACUAUGAGAACGGAUUCGCCAUCGUACCAGGCGGUUGGGGGCCUCAGGGAGCGCAGGACUACACCUACUCGGAGUCCGGCUUUGCCACAGGCGCCCGCCCGCUCUCCGGGAAACCGCAAAGUCGCCAUCGCAGCAAGAGGCACAGAAAGAUCCGGGGCCCCACCCGGGACCAGAAAAUCCAGAUCUUUUUCAACAUCACGGCAAGCGUCCCUCUCCCGCUGUCGCGGAACGACUCCAUCGAGGCGGCCAAUCAGAGGAGGCUCCUGCGAACCCUGGAGCUGCUGACCAACCGGCUGAAACGGACGCUGGCCAGGCAGCCGCUGUCCAGUUUCCACGUGUCCUCGGAGAUGAUCGUUGCGGACGCCAAGUCGCUGGAGAGCAGGAAGGCUUCGCUCUUCUGCAGACCCGGCUCGGUGCUCAAAGGAAGGAUGUGCGUGCAAUGUCCGGUGGGAACUUAUUUCUCUCUGGAAUAUCAUGAAUGCGAAAGCUGCUGGAUCGGUUCCUACCAGGACCAGGAGGGUCAGCUGGAGUGUAAAUCCUGCCCCGGGGGCACGUCCACUGCCUACCUGCACUCUCGCAAUGUGGCCGAGUGCAAAGGGCAGUGCAAGCCUGGCAGUCACUCUCUGAAUGGGCUGGAGAUAUGUGAAUCCUGCCCUCUGGGUCACUUCCAACCCGGUUACGGCGCCAGGGACUGUCUGGUCUGUCCUGACGAGACGUCCACUGUCACCCGGGGAGCAGUGCACGAGAUGGAGUGUGGAGUUCCAUGUUCAUCAGGUCAUUUCUCCCGCACCGGUCUGGUUCCCUGCUACCCUUGCCCCAGAGAUUACUACCAGCCGGAUCACGGGCGCUCUUAUUGCCUGUCCUGCCCCUUCUACGGAACCACCACGGUUACCGGGGCAACCACCAUCCAGCAUUGCUCCAGCUUUGGCUCCAGCUUCUUGCCCAAAGAGGAGAGUGUGACUGCCGCUCCACAGGUGGAGGUCAUCGAGGACUACCAAGCCAGCAGCCAGGUUUUCCACGAGUGUUUCCUGAAUCCCUGUCAGAAUAAAGGGACAUGUGAAGAGGUCGGCGCUGGCUACGUGUGCACGUGCAUGCCUGGAUUCACAGGUGCCAAGUGUGAGGUCGACGUCGAUGAGUGUGACUCGGCUCCAUGCCAGAACGGAGGCCUUUGUAAGGACGGCAUGGGAGAAUUCCAGUGUCAGUGCAAGGCGGGAUUUUUAGGCUCUUUGUGUGAAGCGGAGGUGAACGAAUGUCUCUCAUCCCCCUGCCUGAAUGAAGGCGUGUGCGUGGAUGAAGUCAACAGAUUCACGUGCAGUUGUGCCGGGGGCUUCACAGGACCUCGCUGUGAACUGGAAAUCAACGAGUGUCUGUCGGACCCAUGUGAGAACGGCGGCGUGUGUGAGGAUUUGACGGGCGGUUACGCUUGCAACUGCGCCGUCGGCUUCUCGGGGGACCGCUGCGAGGUCAACGUUGACGAAUGUAGCAGCGCCCCCUGUCUUAACGGCGCCACCUGUCUGGAUGGGGUGAAUGAUUUCAGGUGCGAGUGUGUGGAGGGUUACAGUGGUCCACUUUGCGAGGUGGAUGUGGACGAGUGUGACCCCAACCCCUGUGUGAACGGGGCCAGCUGCCUCGAUGGUCUCGGGUCCUACACUUGCCGCUGCCUCCCUGGGUUCAACGGAACCAGGUGUGAGACAGAAAUGUCUCCCGCCUUCAACCUAGACUUUGAGAUGUCGGGUAUCCAUGGCUACGUACUGAUGGAUGGAGUGAUGCCGGCACUUUCGGAGAUCACGUGCACCUUCUGGAUGAAGUCAUCAGACACCACCAAUUAUGGCACGCCCAUCUCCUACGCCGUCGAGGACAGCGAUAACGCCUUUCUUCUCAUAGACUACAACGGGUGGGUGCUGUACGUGAACGGGAAGGAACGAAUAACCGACUGCCCGGCAGUUAACACCGGCAGCUGGUACCAUAUCGGGGUCUCCUGGAGGAGCUGGGAUGGCGACUGGAGGAUCUACAUCAACGGCAAGCCCUCAGAUGGAGGCAAAGGCCUGUCAGUUGGCAACAGUAUCCCAGGUGGAGGGGCACUGGUCUUGGGUCAGGACCAAGACCAGAGAGGUGAAGGCUUCAACCCAGUGGAAUCCUUUGUUGGCUCCAUCAGCCAGCUCAACAUCUGGGAUCGCGUCCUGACACCCCAACAGAUUAAGGUCCUCGCGAGCAGCUGCUCCGCCUCCCACGUCACUCACAGAGGGAACGUCCUCGCCUGGCCAGACUUUCUCAAUGGAGGUCUGGGCCGCGUCAAAGUCAACCUCAGCAGCAUCUUCUGCGCUGACUGCCCACCGUUGGAGAACGCUGCGCCCCACCUACACGCCUCCACGGUGGAGGUGAGUCCCGGCGCCCUGGUUCAGCUCUCGUGUGAUCCCGGCUUUUACCUGGUGGGGGAGCCAGUUCUGCAGUGCCAAAAUCAAGGAGAGUGGAGCCACCCUCUUCCCAGCUGUGAACGAGUCUCCUGCGGGCCCCCUCAACUCCCCGAGAACGGACAGUUUCAGGGGGACGACUUCCACGCCGGCGGCUCGGUUGUCUACCAGUGCAAGCCCGGCUUCUACCUGCUGGGAGACGCCAAGGUGCACUGCUCCAACAGCGGCAAGUGGGGAGGAAAUCCGCCGGCUUGUCUCGAUGUGGACGAAUGCGCCCUGGGAUCGGACUGCGACAGUCACGCGAGCUGUCAGAACACUGACGGCUCUUACACGUGCUCCUGCAUCCACCCGUACAGUGGCGAUGGCAAGAAUUGUACAGAACCCAUCAAGUGCGAGCCACCGGGAGAGCCUGACUUUGGCCACAGAGACGGCACCAACUUCCUGAUGGGCAGUCAAGUGGCCUUCCGCUGUGAGAACGGCUACGAAUUAAUCGGAGCGGCUCAACUGCAGUGCCUGGAGACGGGAAGAUGGGACGGCCCUGUUCCCCACUGCAGAGCCCAAUCUUGCCCCCCGCCAUCUGUUCCAGAGAAUUCUCUCAUGACAGGAAGCAACUUCACCUAUGGAAGCAAGGUGACUUUCAGCUGUAUGAAAGGUUUCCUUCCUCAAAUCCCCUACGAGUUCCAGUGUAUUUCUAGUCUGAGGUGGAGCGGGACACCACUUGUAUGCCAUCCGGUGUCCUGCGGGGGACCGCCGAUUGUCGGGAACGCCUACUACACCCUUACCACAAACACGUACAAGUCGACUGUCUCGUACUCCUGCGCGGAAGGGUUCAGACCACAGGGCCCCAUAGAAGUGGUUUGUGAAGAGACGGGGGAGUGGAGCCGGCCCUAUCCUCGCUGUGUCAGCGUCCUGUGUGGCGACCCCCCAACCAUGAGAGACGCCGUGACUCGAGGAGAGAACUAUGAGCUGGGGAAUAAGGUGCACUAUGUCUGCAAAGAAGGCUACACUAUGAUUGGCUCGGAGACCAGGGAGUGCCUGUCAAGCGGCCAGUGGAGCGACAGCUCGGCCCAGUGCGUGCCACGCUCUUGCGGACCGCCGCCCGCCAUCGACCACGCCGAGCCCUACGAGAGCCACCAGCUUUUCGGCGACACCGCCAAUUACUACUGCACCGAUGGCUACACCGCGGGAAACAACUCCAAGAUGGUGUGCAACGCUGAGGGCGCGUGGGCGCCCCCCGAUGGAGAGGAGCCCCCUCGCUGCAUCGCCAACUUCUGCUUACGUCCGCCGGAACUCCCCCACGCUAUUUUGGACUCCCUCGGCAAAGCCAAAUACACGAGCGACUCUGAAGUCAGCUACAAGUGCGAGGAGGGCUUUGUGCUAAACACCACGGCGACACUGCGGUGCCUCCUGGGAGGGGAGUGGGACCCUCGACCGUUCGAUAUCAGCUGCGUGCCCGUGAGGUGCUCCAAACCGGACGGCAUCGAUCGGGGCUACGUGAGCGGAAGCGAUUACAAUUUCGGAGCCGUCGUGGCGUACAGCUGCGAUAAGGGCUUCCUGAUCCGAGGGGAGAAGAGGCGCACCUGCAAAGCCAACGGAGAGUGGGGCGGAGUUUUGCCCACCUGCGUUCCUGUGUCCUGUUCCUCACCACCGCUACUCAAAAAUGGCUACAUCCAGGUCCGAGGCCGAUUCACCUUCAACAGCAAAGUCAUCUACGCCUGCAACGCCGGCUACAGACUGCUGGGCCGUCCGGAACGAGUUUGCCAGGCCAACCGCCAGUGGUCCGACAACGAUCCGCCCGCCUGCGUACUUUUGACCUGCGACCCCCCUCCCAAAGUUGCGCACGGACAAUACAGGGGCUCGGACUACCAGGUGGGUCGGAAAGUGGAGUACUUCUGCGACGAGGGCUACGAGCUCGUGGGCGACGCCAUCUGGACCUGCCUCAAGUACGGCCGCUGGGACAAGACGAGGCGUCCGCGCUGCUCGCCCGUGCAGUGUCCGGAGCCGCAGCUGGAGGAGAACCACCUGGUUCUGAAAGGCCUGGACUUUGAAACGGGUACUGUGGAAUUAUCCUGCGAGGCCGGCUACGUCCUCGAGGGGCCGCAGAUCCUCCGCUGUUUGGCCUCCCAGGAGUGGAACGGCACCUUUCCGGUGUGCAAGCGGGUGCUUUGCGGGCCUCCGCCCGACGUGUCGUUCGGCGGUCCUUCCUCAGCUUCCGCCCCUUUUCCCUUCAAUUCUGCGGUGACCUACAAAUGCGUGGACGGCUUCACGCUGCGAAAAGAAGACUCGGUGUCCUGUCUGUCCAGCGGGAAGUGGAGUCAUCCGUACCCAGAAUGCAUUCCUGUCGAAUGUCCUCAGCCCGUGGAGAUUUCCAACGGCAUCGUUGACGUUCAGGGUCUGAUGUACCUCAGCAAGGCGCUCUACAGCUGCAAGACCGGAUACCAGUUGGUGGGGAACGCCACCGUUCUGUGCGGGGAGAAGGGACUUUGGAUCGGAGGGGUGCCUUCUUGCCGGCCAGUGGAAUGCUCGCCGCCCAAAGAGAUCGCCAACGGAAAAGCGGCUUUCACCAAACUCCAGUUCGGUCACGGCGUCACCUACUCUUGCCGCCGCGGUUACCGCCUUCAAGGCCCCGAGACUCUCAAGUGCCUGGCGAGUGGAGAAUGGAGUGCCGAACCAUCUGUUUGCGAGCAGAUAUCCUGCAGCCCUCCCCAGCCCAUUGAAAACGGUUUCGUAGAGGGCCAGGAUCACGGUUUCGGGGUCACCAUAUUCUACAGCUGUUUCCCCGGCUUCCAGCUCAUUGGCCAGGACCACCUCACAUGCGAGGAGUUUGGCUGGUCGAGUGCCGUUCCCAUCUGCGUGCCCUCCGACUGCGGCCUGCCUCCUCACAUUGACUUUGGGGACUACGUGAGGGCCACGGAGUCGGGCGGAGGCUCCCCGAGAGACCUGAGCUUCCUCCACGGGACGACCAUCGAGUACCGCUGUCACAAAGGUUACGACCUCACCGCCCCCACCAGGUUGGCGUGUCAGGACGACGGAAGCUGGAACGGGACGGCGCCCUCCUGCGUCCCGGCCGAGUGCGUGACGCCCCCGAGCCCCGAGCACGGCCGCGUGAACGUCACGGACACGUCCCGGGGCAGCACGGUCACCUACACCUGCGAGGAAGGCUACGAGCUGGAGGGCGAACCGGUGAGGCAGUGCUUGUCGGGGCAACUGUGGACCGACGACCCCCCCGCCUGUCGUCCCGUUUCCUGCGGGGACCCCGGGCCUGUGGCGAAUGGCACAGCCGGCGGAGGUGCCUUUGUUUACGCUCAAGUCCUACACUAUACGUGCAAUCCCGGCUUUGUCCUCAAGGGGGCCGACAGUAUUACUUGUCAGGCCGAUGGGAAAUGGACCGCACCGAAACCUCGCUGUGAGUCGGUGUCUUGCGGCCCUCCCGCCCUCCCCAGUGGUAUCACUUUCAAAGGCCGAGACUUUGUCUACAAUGAGGAGAUUGAACUCACGUGCGAGCCCGGUUUCCUCCUUCAAGGCAAGUCGGUCAGUGUUUGUCAGGCCGAUGGCACCUGGAGUCACGAGGCUCCCACCUGCGUCGCCGCCCACUGCGAGAAGCCCUCGCCGAUACCUCACGGGCGAAUACUGGGCUCGGAUUUUGGCUUCGACGGCGAGGUGACGUAUGAAUGUGAAGAAGGAUACGCUAUAAGCGGCGACCCCACGCGUCGGUGUCAGUCCGACGGGCGCUGGGACAAACCGGCGCCGCACUGCCAAACGGUCGGCUGCGAUCCGCCCGAGGACAUCAGCCACGGCUUUCUCAACGGCUCCACUUUCAACCGCGACGACGUCGUGGAGUACGUCUGCUUUGAAGGUUACGUGGUCGUCGGGGACCCCGUCCUGCGCUGCUCGCCCCAAGGCUUCUGGAUCGGCACCGUGCCCCGGUGUCAACCCUGCGUCUGCGCCCUCCCGCUUUUGAAAUUCGGCGUCGUGCUGGGACAGGAGCGCGCCUGCGGCGACCGAGUUCACUUCCGCUGCGACGACGGCUACAGGCUGCUCGGUCCGGCUCACGCCGUUUGCGAGAAGGGAGGGGUGUGGAGCCCCGGCGUGCCCGUGUGCGGCCGCGGGAGGUGCACCGUCGCCCCGCCUGCAGUUCCAAACACUGUCCUGCAGGGCGGCAGCGCCGCCUUCCCGGACACCGUCGUGUACAGGUGCCGGCCCGGCUACCAGCCGAGGGGGUCGCCGCACCUCUCCUGCGGGAGAGAUGGCAGGUGGGGUGAGCCGAGGAUCCGCUGCGAGCCCGUCAGCUGCGGAAAACCGCCUGCCGUUGCCCACGCUCAAGUGGAAGGAGAAGCCUAUACCUUCCCAAAGCGCGUCACGUACAGAUGUGAGGACGGGUACGAGCUGGCGACACAGACAGCGACUCUCUCCUGCCUCAGCGACGGCACGUGGUCCAAGCACAGCGUCCGCUGCCGACCCGCGCCCUGUCGCCUCCCCGCCAAUAUCUCCGUCGCCCGCCUGCUGAUCGCGGGAAGUGAGCUCACUCCCGUCGGAGGCACGGUGGCCCUCUCCUGCCCCGCCGGGUUCUACCUGCAAGGCUCAGCGCUAGCCGAGUGUCAGGUGGGUGGACGCUGGGCUCCGGGCCUGGCGACGGUUUCGUGUGAGCCGGCGGUGUGUGCAAAGCCCCCUCCUCUUUUGAACGGCGUCCGUGAGGGCGACAGCUACAACUACGGAGACGUUGUCCUGUACUCCUGCCUACCUGGCUUUGAGAUCAAGGGGGACUCUGUCCGGACCUGCCAGGCGGACAGAACUUGGAGUGGCACUCAACCAGCCUGUCUCGCACAGUCCUGCGGACCUCCCCCGACGGUCAAGAACGCAACGGUGCGGACGACGGGGGAUACGUACUCGCACAAUGCCAGCUUUGCGUGCGACGCCGGCCUGCGGCUGGUUGGCCCGGCGACGCUGGUCUGUCUGGCCGACGGCACGUGGAGCCUGCCCGUGCCUUCUUGUGAAGCCACUCGGGGCUGCGAAGGCCCCAGGCAAAUGCCGCACGGCAAGGUUCAAGAACACAACCUGAUCACUGGCCGCGCCGUGCAGUUCACCUGCGACAUAGGCUACAGCCUGGUGGGAGAAGCCUUGGUGAUGUGUAUGGGGGGCAACUGGACCUCCGCCUUCCCAACUUGCCAACCCAAAAUGUGCCCGUCUCCUCCGGGAUGGAAGGACGCCAGGACGGAGGCCCGCAAGUUUUAUGUGGGUCAGUCGGUACGGGUGAGCUGCCCUAAAGGCCAGCAAGUUCGAGGGGGCGGCAGCAUCACAUGCAGGCCCGACCAGACCUGGAGCCCCGUCACCUCCGCGUGUGAGAGGGUCUCCUGUGGCCCCCCCCUCCAUGUGGCCCACGGGUUGGUGCGGGGGGCGGUCUUCCAGUUUGGGGACGUGGCCGCAUACUCGUGUUUUGCCGGCUACGCCAUGGAGGGCGUCGGAAGGAGCCGCUGUUUGGAGAACGGCAGCUGGACGCCGCCUCCCACAUGCAGAGCUGUGUGUUGGCUGCCCUGCCAGAACGGAGGUAUGUGUCAACGGCCCAACACCUGCGCUUGUCCUGAGGGAUGGAUGGGCCGACUCUGCGAGGAGCCCAUCUGCAUCCUGCCGUGUUUGAACGGAGGCCGCUGCGUGGCUCCAUACCAGUGCGACUGUCCCACCGGUUGGACGGGCACGCGCUGCCACAGCGCUGUGUGUUCGUCACCUUGUCUGAAUGGAGGCAGAUGCAUCAGGCCAAACAGGUGUCGCUGUAGUCCAGGUUGGAGUGGACACGACUGCUCCAGGAAAAGGAGGUCAGGAUACUAUCACUUCUAAACGUUCCACCCGGCCCCCGUUUGGAGGGGACUUCUUCACAAAGCAUCUCCAGCAAAGCAAGAAACAAUUUGUAAAAUAAAGCUGUAUUUUUUCAUAUAAAGAAACAACAGUAUGGAACAUAUGCUGCUAUAUUCUUGUAAAAAUGGAUGUGUUUGUCCAGUGUAUGUAAUGUUUUGUGUUUUUCUUUUUUUUAAUUAAAGCAGAAAUGUCUGUUCAUGACUGA